AUGAAAGUUUCUCUCAUACCGUGGUUUUUCAUUCUUUCCACGCUUUUUUCCUUCGGACUUUCAGCAUCAUGUUCCAAUUCUGAUCUAGUAUCACAGAAUGUCUUUUUCGGAUAUUGGAAAGGAACGAAAACAACAGCUAACCAAAAAGCCGCCAUUACUGCAAUUAAUUAUUUCAAGACACAAUUGAAGAAUAAUCCAAGCCGCGAAUCAUUCAGUUAUUCAAGUGGUAAUAUUGUCGGAUAUAUGUGGGUUGGCAGUAUGAUCCAAAAUAGUGGGUUUGCUAAUAGUGAUGCUAUGAAGGUGAUAUACGAUGAAGUUAAUGAUAAUGGUAUUCCCAAUGCUGUUUAUAUCGAAUAUGUUGUUGCUGGUGAUCCAACAAAAGGAUUUGGUGUUGUUUUAGAUACUGGUGGAUCCAAAAAUUAUGGAAAUAUGCAAAGGGCAGUUAGAUUAUGGUCUCAAGGUAAACCAUUCAAUACAUAUCAAGGUAGUAAGACUUAUAAGGGUAAAUCAUUAUGUUAUCUCGCAUGGGGAAACAGAAAAACCAUCACU